AAACACCCACGCUGCUGCUCCUCUGCCACCUUCCACGCACAAACUAUCAGGCGCUUCCCCCCUCGACCGUCCUCUGCGGCUGUUGAAGCAGUGGGUCAAACACCGACGCUAACACUGGAGCUAUAAAAUUCACAACGGGGGCUCCCGUUUAAAGCUCCGCAGCAAGCUGACCAGCCAGCGCAGUGUGAUCACCUGCUACUGUCUCUGAAACGACUAUCUGUUUCGGAGAAGUGCAAAUUAAUAUCCCAAAAAGAACCGCUGCCGCCGCCGCCCAUCCACCAAAAUCGAAGCAAAAUGGUGCAAAACAAGAUCACCGAAGUCACUGGAUUCCACCGCUCUUUCAAGGGGCAAAAUCCCUUUGAAUCAGAUGACUUCACUAAAAAUGGAUCCCAUCUUAUUGAUUCAUUUAAUUUUGAUUCUUCCCCAAGACAUGACAUGCCUUCCAGCCAGCCUAUUGACAUCCCCGAUGCCAAGAAGAGAAACAAGAAGAAAAAGCGUUGCCGGGCAACUGACAGUUUCUCUGGCCGAUUUGAGGAUGUCUACAGGCUGCAGGAAGAAGUACUAGGAGAGGGCGCUUAUGCCAGAGUGCAAACAUGCAUCAACCUCAUCACCAAUAAAGAAUAUGCUGUCAAGAUCAUUGAGAAAAGACCAGGUCACAGCCGCAGCCGUGUCUUCCGUGAGGUUGAGAUGCUCUACCAGUGCCAGGGCCACAGUAACAUCCUGGAGCUGGUGGAGUUCUUUGAAGAGGAAGAUAAAUUUUACCUGGUCUUUGAAAAGCUUAGAGGAGGGUCAAUCUUAGCACACAUUCACAAGAGACAGCACUUCAGUGAGCAGGAAGCCAGUGUUGUUGUGCAGGACAUUGCCAGCGCUCUAGAUUUCCUGCAUAACAAAGGAAUGGCACACAGAGACCUAAAACCUGAAAACAUUCUCUGUGAGAGUGCAGAUAAGAUUUCCCCAGUCAAGAUCUGUGACUUUGACUUGGGCAGUGGGAUAAAGCUGAACAGUGACAGCUCGCCCAUCUCCACCCCUGAGCUCCUCACUCCUUGUGGCUCAGCAGAGUACAUGGCACCUGAAGUAGUUGAGGCCUUCAGUGAAGAGGCUACAAUUUAUGACAAGCGCUGUGACCUGUGGAGCCUUGGAGUCAUCCUCUACAUCAUGCUGAGUGGCUACCCACCCUUUGUAGGCCGCUGUGGCGGUGACUGUGGUUGGGAAUUAGGGGAACCCUGCCACACCUGCCAGAACACUUUGUUUGAGAGUAUCCAGGAAGGAAAAUAUGAAUUUCCAGAGAAAGACUGGGCUCACAUCUCCUCAAGUGCCAAAGACCUCAUAUCCAAACUUCUGGUUCGGGAUGCCAAAAACCGCCUGAGUGCCAGUCAGGUGCUGCAGCACCCCUGGGUGCAGGGGGGUGCAUCUGACACUUUGCCAACAUCCAUCCUGCACCAGAGGACCAGCAGUGCCAGGGAUCUGACAUUCUUUGCUGACAAGGCCAUGGCUGUGAACCGGCAGCUGGCUGAACAAGACGGCAUGGAGGACCAGCAGGAACAGGAAGUUCCAUUUGUUAUCACGGCUACUGGCUCCUCAAUGCGCCUCUCUCCUCCUUCCAACUCCAAGCUGGCCAGGCGCAGGCAGCGAAGCAGCCAGCCGAAGGGAGGGCCUGUCUCUGCUGCAGAGCUUCGUCAGCUCUUAGCCCCUCUUGUUAUCGUGGGAGACUGUGCCUGAAAUUUGUCGACCCUGAAUUCCGACCUUCCGUUAAGAUUCAAGUCCAAAAUUAAAGACUGCCCUGAGACUCUCCUUCCCCAUUUCUGGCUCCCCUCUCUGACUGUAGCUGGCCUUGGUUCCUCUGCCAUUCAGGCUUUCUUGCCUAGCUGUAAAGGGAGACGCUGCUUGCAGCCCUUCCUCUAAAUGCCUUCUGCCCUUCUGCAGCACUUCUGAAGCACAUCAGCACAGGACCUGCAUAUAGAAAACACACUUAUGUGCAUGUCCAAGUUGGCGAGGAGGGCCAGUUAAUGAUUUGGGAGAAAGAAAAGUAUUUAAGUUAUGUUCUUUUUUUCAUACAACUCAGUUAAGAAGAAUUCAGAACAUUUAUCUUCAAAACUAAGCUCAGACACCAAAGGACAACCUGUUGUGCUGCUCCCACGUUACAACUGGAUCCACUGUGAAUUAAGUUAUCUGGAAUGUUCUCUUUGCCUGUAUGUAUAUGCAUGAAUGGCCCAUCUGCAGAUAUGUACAAGCUUAUGCAAUAUGCCAAGAUGAAGGCUGUUCCCGUUUCAAAGGGAUUCAGUACAUGAGGGGUUGGCAGGGCUGUGAGCCAAUGCUGUCCGUGCCUGGUGCGGUCCAUUAUGGGGCUGGGAAAUCUUCAAAGUUUUUUUUUUUUUUUUUUUUUUUUUCCUCCAUUUAAGAUGAAUUCCUCACAACUGAGCCUCUUCUGUAAAUGUCUGAGAUGAAACAUGCACUCAUCCAGCUUGGUGGCCAUGCACUUAAUGCUUUAAGAGCAACGAAUGUUUGUCUGUACCCGACCAGUUUAUUAUGAGUUACUUUUGCACCAAUUCAUACCGGUAUUAUAUUACCAUAUGCCAGAUUCUCAGUGGCCACCACAAUGAGCUUUUGAGGCCAUGGGGCAAGUUAAUUAGUGUUAAUCUAUUUUGCUUGAUUGUGAUGUAUGGCCACACAAAAACAAGAUUCUGAGCUGAUAUAUCUGGUAUGUUGGUGCAGGCUAAUUAUACAGGAUGUUAAAUGGCAACACGAGAAACUGGGUCAGUGUUACUUUGAUUGCAAAGAAUUUAUGACAUGUUCCCUUGCUACAACUACAAUUUUUUUUGUAUUUUUUUUUGUAAUUUUUUCUUUCAACAUAAAUUUAUGAAUCAGAUUUAACACUUAGAACUCCCAUGAGGGAGGGUUGAAAAGCACAUUUUGGCCAAUGUGACCAGAGCGUUGUCUGUUGAACAAAUACAUUUAGUGGGUUUUUUUUUUUUUUUUGGACCAUCUUCUUUCAAGGUGUCACCACUGUCUGAUCUUUAAUGAGACACACCCCUUCUUAAGGGCAUCACAAAUUUUCCUUUCAAAUAAGAGGCAGAUGAGAUUUUUUUUUCAUAAAAAGGAAAAAAAAAUUAAACCUUAAAGGAAAAACAUUCCACAAAAAGAAAAACAACAAAAAAAGUCCUCCACAGACAUUUAGCUGUAUUAAGUUUACUUUAUUUUUCAUGUUUGAUAACUCCAUGUCAAUGUGCCACACUGAUUUAUUUUAUUUUUUUUCCUUUUUUUGUAUGGCUGUUAAUAAGCUUUUAUUUUCUAUAUGGUGAUUUCCAUGCAGGUGCUGUUCAGUUCAGGUGAAACACCAGAUGUUUUCCUUUAUUUUUUUUAUGUCUGUUUUUAAAAGUUCAGAGUAUGUGGUGUAUGAGGUGAGAUGGAAAGAGUUUGUUUAGUUGAGCUGGAGCGUUCAUGCCCAGUGAAGGCAAAUUUUAAGUUUUAUUUUUUUUAUGUGUAAGAGUUGGCAAUAAUCUUUUUUUUGUGUGUGUGUGUGUUCAGAUUAAGUUAAAGCUCAUUCUGAAACUGACAGGUAAUGGACUGGUGAUGAGGUUUCACUGUAGCCAUUUCACCAAAGAGGGUUUCAAUUCAUGACAUUGAACAUAAGAUCCAUCACCUAGCAGUGAGAAGUGGGGAACUUCUGAUUGUCCAUGUCCUGUUGCCAGCACUGCAGCGAUGGUACUCUGGAGAUGGUGUCAAAGGACCCAUUAUGCUGAUAAUAGGACACUGUAAUAGUUCUAAAAAAAUACCUUUCUACCGAUGCAUCGUUCUGGGGUUUUAUGUCUUAUAGUAAGACUUACUUGAAUUUGUGUAUGCAGCUGUUUUUUCUCCAUUUUGGAAACUACUUUGCUAUUGGUAAUCUCAAAGCAUUAAGCUGAUGAUCAAGGCAAUCUUGGGGUUUUGAAAAUACCUAUACAGUUCAGUAUUCUGCCUUUUUCUCCCUUUUGAGCAUCACACAAUUUAGUCCCUACUUUUUGAUAGGGUGGGAUACUCGGAAACGCACAGACUUUGGCCAUACUCUAAUAUCCUGACAGAUAUAGCUAGGAGUUUUCUUGGUCAUUACCAUUUCUACUUUGUCGAAUGGCAGUAUCUUUUUGGACUGCCUCUUACUGGGGGAAAGGGGACAAAAUGAUACAACCUCACAACUUUUUUUUAUUGUAUGUCAUUUUGAAGUAAAGAAGUGUUAGUCAUUCAUUCAGAUGGACAGUAUCCUCAACCUCCCCACAAUUUGAAUGUAGCCCACAGGCAAAAGCAUUUACAAUCCAGCAACACUGAUCAAAUGUGUUCUAAAUGGUUCUUUUCAUGGGCAUGGUGUGGGGUCAUUCUGUCUAUAAUGAUACAGUCCUCAAGCAAUUUUUUUUUUUUUUUUUGAGUUGACACCUGAUUUCUAACACUGUCCGAAUCACCCCAAGCCCAUUGUGUUCAUGGGAAGAAAUUACAAAUGAAUACAUCCUUUAAGUACAAAAAUAUUUUUGAUUUAAAAUAAGCACUUUACUGUACCAUGUGAAUGAUUGCAGUUCACUCAAGGCAACCUUUAUGACAGUUGCUACAGAAUUUUUGUAUUGUUUUUCUAAAAAAAAAAAAUGCAAUAAAAUGCUUUGAACUACA